AUGGCAGAAGAGGCUGAGAGAGUGCAGAAGCUUAAGGAGAAGUACAACCAGCUUAAGCAGGCCAAUGCCACUCUCAAGAAGGGCUUCCUUGACAAGCAGGAGGAGUGCGGCCGUCUUGAGCAGCAGCUCAAGGAGAAGGAGAUUACCAUUCGACAGCAGCUGGAAGAGAUCGACCAACUGCAGUUCCAGAAUGGGCGAAUGUCCAAGCAGUUGGGCACCCUCACCGCGCAGGUGGAGGAGCAGCGCAAAAGCCACACCCAGAGCAGCUGGUCGAUGGGUGGCUUGAUCUCUGGCAAGCAAGAGGCCAUUCAAAAAGCCGAGAACGAUCUCGCGGUGCUGCGUGAUGAGCUCAUGAUGAAGAUCCAGGAGAACGAGGAGCUUCAUAUGCGAGUCUUCGAAGCGCAGAAGCAGCACAACGAGGAGGCGGAGCGCUUGCGGGACACCGAAGCCUCCAGAGGCCGGGACCUGGAGCGCUACGCCGCGCAGCUCAAGGCCUCCAAGGAGGAGGUGGAGAGACUCACUGGCGAGAACCGGAGAAUGGUGGAGCGCAUUGGCAGCCUGGACCACCAGUUCUCCGCGUCCGCCCAGCUGUCACAAAGCCUCCGGGACCAGAUGGAGAAGGAGCGUCUGGAGUCCGCCCAGGCCAAGCAGGCGCUGCAGCUGCGCUUCGCGCGCUGGGUGCCCUUCGACUGGACGCAGCAUGACCUUUGGACUGGUUUCAGCCUGAGCUCUCAGCAGGGCAGGUUCAUGAAGCAGCGGGAGGAGGCUUUGCAGGAGCUGGGAGCUGCAGCGCACGAGGCGUGCAGCAUGAGCUCCGGCGCCUUGAUGAUGUGGCCCAAGGCCUUUGGAGGUGGCGAUGAAGAAUCUGCCACGCGGAUCCGCAUUCGCGGCAAGGUGGCCGAACUGGCCGAGAAGCUGGCGGAGCGCGUCAAGGAGGCCGCGCCGGCCAUGGCGAAGAUGUUGGGCGAAACUGGCCUGUCAUUGGGCACAGAGCAAAGGAAGGACUUGAAGAGGCUUUCCAACGAGUUGCUGCUCAUACACAGGAGGUGGGUGCUGUAUCAGUCCCUGCUCCUCCUGCACGACUGGCACAGCGCCUUCGCGGGACGCUCCUCGCAAGAGGAGGCCUUGGCCCAGAGCUUUGUGGACUGCCUGUGGCGCUUGCACCGCUGCGUGCGGACUCUGGUGAGCCGAUUGCGAGCCUUGGCGGGAUUCAGGGGUGUGGCAACGUUUUUGCCGGACCUGUCCGCUGAGAACACCAGCGCCGCUCACUUCCACCUGGCCAGAAGGAAGUUGGGCAGGAAGGGCGGCGCAGCUUUGGCAGAGGAUAAGCCUCCCGGUGCUGAGGCCUCCCAGCGCUUGGGCCUGGUGCGGCGGAGCCUGGCGGACGUCUCGCAGUGUUGGCGCGCGCUGGGCCGGUGCCUCUCGUCCUGGGCGGCGGCGCAAAGUGGCACCGGCGGCGCAACUGGCACCGCCGUGUCGCAGGAGAGCGGCUCAGUGGUCGGACUGCUGGGCUGUAUCCAUGGGCUCUGCGCGUGCCUCACUGAGCGGCUCCUCCCCACUGUUGAGAGGCUGGCAACACAGGUGCCUGGGCCACACGAGAUGCCCCUGCUGCUGCGGUUCGGGCGCGUCAAGUCUCAAGCGGGCCCCGAUGGGACCGUGAUCCUGAAGCGCUUGGAAGUUCGCCAUGGCAUCGCUUCUCCGCUGGGCGCGCUGGCAACCCAGAGGCUUAUGGAAGAAGAGAAGUGUCGUGCCAAUGGAGGUCUCGUGUGGAUCUCGUUGUGGGCUGGCACAGAGAAGUGGGCGCAAGCUGUGUCUCGCAAUCGCAAGUUCAGGUUUCAGAAGAUCGCCAUGCGACCAUGCGAGCGACCGCCCUACGGCGCCCACAACUCCCAGGAGUAUGACGAGAAGCACGGCCGCUGGUGGUGGCAGAAGAAGGCUGACGGGAUUGCGGACGAAGUGUGGCGACCAAAGCUGUACACCACCAUCGGGAAGCACGCACGCAGCCCCAAGCUGAGCCGCACGAUUGUGAGGUGGUGGCGCGAGCACCCGGCCACCUUGGAGCGCCCCGCGGGCGCCCGGGACGUGGUGCUGCAGAAGGCCUCGCUCAGCGCCUUCCGCGACCUCGACAUCCGGCGGCGCUUCAUCAAGGACAACUCCACCUUUGACUCUUUGGUCAAACAGGCUUCCUGGCGGCAAGCCAAAGUGGUGGUCCGGGACCCCAACACCGGAGAGCUGUCGCUGAGAUACAACGAGAAGGGCCAAUCCGUGAGCGCAGGGCGCAUGGUGGCUGACUACUCUGGCGGCAUUGACUUCUUGGACAAGAUCCUUCAGCAAGUGUUUUCCAAAAUGGACAUCCGCGACCCACAAGCGCGGAUCUUCAUGAACUUCUAUGCGGAUGGAAAGGACAAGAUCUCUCCACACCGCCACGACUUUUGGACCUGCCUGCUGUCCUUUGGCUCCGAGCGGAUUUUGACGGUGGACAAUCGCCCGGUGCUGCUGCGGGACGGGGACCUCAUCGUUUUCGGCACCCAAAACCACGGCGUGCCCUCCAUGCCCGACAUCAAAGACGGUCGCAUCUCCCUGGUGAUUUUCUUCUAUCCGGACGCGGACAACCUGGAGCGUCAAUGGCAAACCAUCAAUCAGGAGGAGGGCGACGAUGAGGAAAAGUCGGUGGUGGCAGAUGCGCGCAUGCUGACCAGCGGCAUGGACAAGGGCUUCAAGGCCUCCCUGCUGUGGGGCCAGACAAAGGUGGAGCAGACCAUGCCCUGCGACUGUGGGGCGCAGGACGCAGCGCACGCCUUGAGCCAAGCGCUGGAUCCCACCCUCGCCAAGAGGCAGCUACUCAGCAGCCCCAACUCGGGCCUCAAAUUUGACGGUCCCAAGCCGGUGGAGGUGGUAUCGGAGCUGACGAUCUUCUCAGCUGCCACGGGCGGGCACAGCGGCUACGGUGAGGAGCGGGUGGAGGAGAAGGACUUCUUCAAAGGGCUCACGGACAAUGGCAUCGCCACCCUCUGGGACCUUCGCUUCCCUCUGCCCCGGGAGGGCGACUGGUCUGAGGUGCCUUUGCUGCGCCGCGGCUGUGCAGCGCGGUCCAUUGCAUACCGCAGCUACCCUUUGGGCCGGCGCGAGGCUGGGGGUCUGCAGGGCCACCUCAGGAGUGAGGAAGGCCAAGAAGUGCUGCGCCGCUUCCUCGAGGCCGCGCGGGAGAAGGGCCCGGCCGCCUAUGCGGUGGCACAGCAGGAGGACAAGCCGGGCAGCGCGCGCGCGGAGGUGGCUGAGCUGUUGCUCUCCGGAGCCUUCGGCGGAGUGCGGGUGAUGCACAUCCUGCCCGGCGCCGUGGUUCAGUCCGCGAAGGUUUCAGCCCCGGCACCAGUUUCGGCGCCGAAGGCGAUUUCUUCGCCCGCGUGUGAAGUCGCAGCUGCUGGCUCGCCGAACGUCACGGCCGAGCAUCCGGCGAAAGCCGAGACUGGCGACGAGCCCCGGCGGCGCAACCGCUGGGGCAAAAGCAAGGAAAGAGUGAGCCAGAGCCUGACAGCAGCGCAGCAGACAGUUGCAGAGGGCUACAAGGCCACGAAGGAGCUAGUGGGUGGCAAGGACACCAAGGAUGACAAGGCCGAGGAUGCAGGCCUGCAGGAGAAGAUCGCGCAAGGCCUUGCGACCGCGAAAGAGAAGGCGGCUGAGGGCUACGAUGCUGCCAUGACAACAGAGGACCCCGGACUGCAGGAGAAAAUCGAGCAAGGCGUUGCGACCGCGCAAGAGAAGGUGGCUGAGGGCUACGAUGCUGCCAUGACAACAGAGGACCCCGGACUGCAGGAGAAGAUCGAGCAAGGCGUUGCGACCGCGCAAGAGAAGGCGGCUGAGGGCUACGAUGCUGCCAUGACAACAGAGGACCCCGGACUGCAGGAGAAGAUCGAGCAAGGCGUUGCGACCGCGCAAGAGAAGGUGGCUGAGGGCUACGAUGCUGCCAUGACAACAGAGGACCCCGGACUGCAGGAGAAGAUCGAGCAAGGCCUUGCGACCGCGCAAGAGAAGGUGGCUGAGGGCUACGAUGCUGCCAUGACAACAGAGGACCCCGGACUGCAGGAGAAGAUCGAGCAAGGCGUUGCGACCGCGCAAGAGAAGGUGUCUGAGGGCUACGAUGCUGCCAUGACAACAGAGGACCCCGGACUGCAGGAGAAGAUCGAGCAAGGCGUUGCGACCGCGCAAGAGAAGGACCCCGGACUGCAGGAGAAGAUCGAGCAAGGCCUUGGCACCGCGCAAGAGAAGGCGGCUGAGGGCUACGCGAAGAUCGAGCAAGGCGUUGCGACCUUGCAAGAGAAGGCAGCUGAGGGCUACGAUGCUGCCAUGACAACAGAGGACCCCGGACUGCAGGAGAAGAUCGAGCAAGGCCUUGCGACCGCACAAGAGAAGGCGGCUGCGGGCUACGCCGCUGCCAAGAAGAAGGUGCAGCAAGUGGCUGAGAAGCCUUCAGACGAGACACAGAAGCAGGACCCAACUUUCAUGGACAAGGUGCAAGGCGGUCUAUCCGGUGUGAAGGAGAAAAUGGUUCACGGCUAUGAGGCUUUCAAGCACCAGCUGGUCGGUGGGCAAGCUGAGAAGCCCAAUGUGCCUGACGCCAAAGAGAAGGUGAAGGAAGGCAUCGAAGCCGCGAAGCAGACGGGGCCCGUUGAGGCGACCAAGGCUCUCACCGGCGAGAAGGAGGAGGGCAAGAGUGGCAAGGGGCGAUUCGCCUAUGCCACCGGGGCAAAGCACCUGCUCGAGAGCGCGCCGGAGGUCAUUGGCAUGGAGGAGUCCCGGCGGGUCCUGGCGCUGGCAAGGCGCCUGGGCCAGAACCGCGCCAAGUUGCUCCAGGAGAUGCGCCAGCAAGCGCAGCGCCUGCAGGCGGGGAGCAACGAGAAGGCGCAGUUGUCACAGGAGCUGAAUGCGCUGCAGGAUAGCCAUGCGCUGCUGCAGUCCAACUACGAUGUGCUGAAAGCGAACGCUGGAGCCGCCCCGGCCGAGGUGGAUAUGCCUGGCAGCUCCAACGAGCUACUUCUGAGCUCCAGGCAACGCGCCCUGCGAGGCUUGGAGGUGACUGCGCAGGAGAGCUCCGGCAUGCGGCAGCACGGCUUCUUCGUGGACGUGGUGAACCUGGACAGCGAGGAGGCCUCGCUGGCCGCUGGGCCCCCCCGCCCGGAGGUGCUGGACGCCUGGGAGCUGGCGAUCCGCAAGGUGUACGAGCAGCACCUCUGCCAGCUCCAGAAGCAGGUGCUCAUUGCGGACUCCAAAGCUGUCCGGAUGGGUUUGCAGCUGCAAGACUUUGACGACAAGAUGCAGCGUCAGGAGGAGGAGAAGCAGGAGCUCAUCGAAAAGGUUGUUGCCUCGCAACUGGAGUUGGCCAACGUGCGGGAGGACAUGGACGCCACCCGGAAGAACUACGACGGGCAGCUGGGCAUGCUCACCGAGCACAUUUGCGGCCUCUCCGCGCGACUCUCCGAGAAGGACGCCGGCCUGGCGUCCUUGCAGGCCAACAAGAUGUUGUGCGGGCGCUGCGGCAUGUGGAACUCCAUGGGGAAGCUUCUGUCCGAGCCCGCCGGCACGUGCAGCACGUGCAAGGAGAAGCUUCUGAGCCGAGACUAG